AUGGAUACCACCACUCCCGUGAAAAGAUCCUCGACGGAUGCUGGAUUUGACUCCCCUCGAGGGUCUCAUCGAUCGACAGAGCCCCGGCCCGCUGCUCCCAGGAUAUCUAAGGCUCGGGCUUGCGCUGAGUGCAAACGACACAAGAUUCGCUGUGAAUUCCGGUCGGGCGAUAGCAGCUGUACCAAAUGUAUUCGGAGCGGUAUCAAAUGUGUGGUGAAUGACUUUUCGCAAAAGUUUGUCGACGAUGAUGGACUAUGGAAGUCACAGGCCGCAGCGAGUUUGCAACAAUUACAGGCGGCCGUGACCCAGCUCUUGCGACAAGCUGGAUUGCCCGACCUCUCAACCUUUGCGAGUGGUGAUAGUCGCCACGGCCCCAGUCCUGCCGCUUCUCAUCAUACCCACCGGCUGUCAAUCGAUGCAUCUCAGUCACAUCACGGAAGUCAUGAAGAGCCGGGGGUGGUGAUGGACGUCACUCGGGAACCCUCCCCUGAGCCCGAUCUUCAGGAUCCGGAACUGGUACGCGCCCCCAUGCGAAGUCUAUAUGAGGUGACGAAGUUGCGCAAUCUACGCAACAACCCCAUUGAGGCUCCCAAAAAGACCUUGCUAGAGGAGGAUUUCAUCACCAGGGGGCUCGUCUCCGCUCACGAGGCCGAAGAAUUGUUCGCCUAUUUCAGUCGCACCAUGAACCAAUUGCUAUGGGGUGGAAUUAUCCUGGUCCAUCGCGACCUCACCUCUGUCCGCCGGGCCUCCACAUUACUGCUGGCUGCGGUCCUCACGGUAGCAGCUCUUCACAUUCCUAAUCGAACAGAAACCCUCAAUCGCUGCUAUAACGAAUAUGUCUCUCUCGUCUCCAGCAUGGCGCUCACACGAGCACACACACUGGACGACAUCCGAGCCCUUGCUGUUGGAGCGUUCUGGUUGUCGGAGCUGAGCUGGAAGCUGUCUGGACAUGCUGUCCGAGUCGCCACGGAACUCGGUCUACAUCAAAGCUAUCAUCGUUUGAUCCGGGGACAUAACGAUCAGUAUGCCCGAGCUCAAUUGUGGUAUUUGCUGUAUGUGUGUGACCAUCAUUUCAGUAUCGCCUAUGGGCGACCGCCUGUGAUUCACGAAGAUGUUGCCAUCCGAAACUAUGAGACCUUCUUGAAGUUGCCCAUGGUCGUGCCCGGCGAUAUUCGAGUCCUGGCGCAGGUCGUCCUGUUCACGAUCCUGACGGAGGCGUAUCGAAUGUUUGGAAGUGAUACCGAGCAAGCGCUCACGGAGGCCGACUUUGGGCAAUUGAGGGUCUACAAUGUCGCAGUAGAUCAAUGGCGAUUAGUCUGGCAGCCUCGAGCGGCGGACAGCUCAUACGUGCGCACGUAUCCUUCCAAGGGCGUGGUCUUGCACUACCAUUUCGCUAAAUUCCAGCUGAAUUCACUCUCACUCCGAGGCCUCUCCCCAUCCAACACGCCGGUCUUCUCGAUGGACCGGAGAGAGUCCGCGAACAUUGCCAUUUCAUCUGCAAUGGCAUGCUUGAAUAUGGUCUUGGAGGAGCCGGAUAUUCGGGACGCCAUCGUCGGAGUUCCCAUCUUCACGCACACCAUGGUGACCUUUUCGGCCGUGUUCUUGAUCAAGGUGGCAAUCAAUUGGAACACCGCGUAUCUGAGCAUUGACGCGCAACAAGUGCGACGCGUGGUUGAGCGGGUGAUCGAGUUGAUGAAUUGCGUGUCCGCCGGGGAACGACAUCUGACUCGUCACAUUGCUCGUGGGCUCGGCAAGAUGCUCGAGCGGUUUGACUCGUGGGAGGCUGGAUGGCCCGUGGGUAGCAAUCAUGCCCACGGUGAGAUCAAUAGUGAUAAUAUGCCGGGGGGCGCCAAUGCCCUCGCGCAGGGCUUCCCACCGCCCGACUUGAUUUACGACAUGGUAGGGACGUACGGGUUUGGGCUGGACGAGAACCUGUUGGACCCUAGCAUGGCCAAUUUUGAAUUUUUGGCACAAUGA